AGAGAGAGAGAGGGUUAGUCUAUUUUUGGGGAGGUGCUGAGUAGUGGAUGGCUAGGUAAGUUUCAGAAAAAGUCAGUGUGCACUGCAUGUGCAGUUCCUCUCCCAGCAGAAGCAGCAGCUGCCUUUCUCUUUCUGCCAGAUGACCCUACAGAAAAUGGAUAACGUAGAGGUGUUUGCGGCUGGAGAGAAAGGCCGUGGCCUUCGUACCACCAAGGAGGUGAAGGUUGGUGAGGUGGUGUUUGCAGAGGCUAGCUUCGCUGCCGUGGUCUUUGACAGUUUGUCCAUGCACGUGUGCCACAGCUGCUUCCGCAGCCAGGCUAAUCCUCACCGCUGUGCCCAGUGCAAGUUUGCACAUUACUGUGACCGCACGUGCCAGCGAGCUGCCUGGGAUGAACACAAACAGGAGUGUGCUGCCAUCAGACAGUGUGGCAAAGCACCCAGUGAGAAUGUGCGUCUGGCAGCACGAGCUCUAUGGCGCGUGCACAAAAACAAAGGGAAAAUCUUCGACACACAGCUCACAACGUUAGACCUUUUGGAGGACCACCUCUCUGCUAUGACCCCAGAUGACCUUAAAAAGCUCAAAGUGGAUGUUAAUAAUUUCCAGGAGUACUGGCAAGGCAAUAGAAGGCAGUAUAGUGCAGACUACGUCUCACAUAUCUUUGGCGUGAUCAACUGCAAUGCCUUCACUCUGAGUGACCAGCGUGGGCUCCAGGCAGUCGGCGUGGGCCUCUUUCCCAACCUCUGCCUGGUCAACCAUGACUGUUGGCCUAACUGUACAGUCAUCCUCAAUCAUGGCAGUCAGACAGCUCUGGAUUCAGCUUUUCACUCACACAGGAGGAUUGAGCUGCGUGCUUUAGAUAAGAUCCCAGAAGGUACAGAGUUGACGGUCAGCUAUGUGGACUUCUUAAACUUAUCCAAGGAUCGUCAGAAGCUGCUGAAGAAGCAGUAUUACUUUGACUGCAAAUGUGAACACUGCAGCAAGGGCAUCAAGGAUGACCUAAUGAUGGGGGUGAAAGAAACCGAUGGCAAAAAGCCUUCAGCUGAGCUGGUGAAGGAGGUCACAGAAUUCAGUGUGGAGGCUUUGGCUAAAAUUGAAGAAGCUCGAAUGAUGGGAGACUUUCAUAAGGUCGUACAACUCUGCCAUGAAUGCUUGGAGAAGCAGGAACCAGUGCUGGCUGACACGCACCUCUACCUUCUGCAUGUGUUGAAGGUGAUCAGUGAGGUCCUGUCGUACCAGCACUCCUUCAAGGAGGCCGCCGAAUAUGCGCGCAGGAUGGUAGAAGGAUAUGUGAAGCUUUAUCACCCAAACAAUGCUCAGCUUGGCAUGGCCACCAUGAGGGCAGGCGUGACACAGUGGCACGCAGGGCUGAUCGAAGCUGCCCACAGCCAGAUUUGUAAAGCUUACGCAGUCCUCAUGGUCACACAUGGACCCCAUCACCCAAUUACAAAGGACUUAGAGGCUAUGCGCACACAGACAGAGCAGGAGCUGCGCAUCUUUAAGAAGAACGAACAUGCCUACCACAGCAUGCGUGAGGAGGCUCUCAGCAAUAAGCAUAUGACCACUAGACUGGUCAAGAGCAAAUAAAUCUACAAAUACCUGUCACUAAUUUAACCACAUCUGAAAAACCAUACCCAUGGUGUUGGAUUUCUCCAACCUAGAGCUGGAAAAUUCCUCAAAACUAUUAAUUAAUUAUGUGAGAUGAACAGAAAGGAUGAAAUGGAAAGAAAAAUUUCCAUGUAUGUCUCUCUGAUUUGGAAAAUGUUUGUGUAAAUAAAUCUCCAAGACAUGGAAAUUGCCAAUAAAUAUUGAAUAAGG